AUGCGUGGGCCGGUGCCCAGUCCUGUUGUAGCACAAAGCUUCCGUCACGAUAAAGGCGGCUACAUGACUGCAAAUGUCUUCUCUGAGCUGCUGGACGUAGUACUCGGCAUUAGUCUUCAACCCAGGCUCCACGAACAGCAGCUCCGUCUUACCGUUCCACAAGACUCCGGCCCACACCAUCAGGCCACGCUGGCUGGUGGAGCGUGAGAUCAAGAAGAGCUUCUCAUCGCUGAAAACGAUCCGCUUCACGAAUCCGUCGUUGAGUUUUGGCAGCAGACGCUGGCAGCAUUCCGCGCGAUUCUUCUGCUGCUUCUCGUUAACGCAGUGGGUCCUUACCUGAAAUGUGAUUAUCAAAAUACGCAGACGGCUUCAUAUUUCGAUGCCAAUAUAGGAACCACACGAGUUCCUGCUUCCUUUCAUCAAGAAACAUUCUUAGUACAAUUUACCCGAUCACAUCCUUCUGUUGCUUCAAUCGGUGCGACGUAUUCCGCCCUGGAUUAG